CCUAAACUAUCAAAAUCAGCCAAAACGAAAUAUAUUAAUGAGUUUUACUCAAUUUAAAAAACCUUAAAAUUAUGAUCCUAAGACUCUGCAAUGAUAACCCUAUGACCAAAGGAGGUGUGGACGCAAAUGAGACCCUCCAUUAAGAGAGAGAGAGAGAGAGAGAGAGAGACCCCAUCUGCAUGUCAUUUUAGUAAGAGUUGCAUAAUAACCUUUUUUGUAGAGGUUUUACGCCUACAUGAUUGGAGAAUUGGAAGUGGGCUACAUAGCAUCAUAUUUAGAUUGAAUUAGAGAAGCUCCCAAAUUAAAAACACCAAACAUCAACUCAUUCAACAAAAGAGAUGUUCUUGUCUGCCCAUAUCUUCUCUUUAGGCCCCACAAACAUACAAAGCACAGCUCUCCCCCAAACCCGCUUCAAAAACCCACCGCCACCACCUCAAUUCCCAUCACCUCUCGCCCUUCCUUUCUCAUUUCUACCUUUGUUGAAAGCUACAAAGACAGAAAGAAAGAGCAACGAUGGGUAAAGAGGUGAGAGAGAUGUUCAGGAAGCCUGGAAGCUGCGACGGAGUGGUGUGGCCAUGCGCGGCCUGCAAGCUGCUGAGGCGGCGAUGCGCACAGGACUGCAUCUUUGCGCCUUACUUCCCCGCCGACGAGCCACAGAAGUUUGCCAAUGUACACAGGGUCUUCGGCGCCAGCAAUGUCAACAAGCUCUUGCAGGAGGUUCCCGUGGGGCGACGUAUUGAUGCUGUGAGCAGCCUAGUGUAUGAGGCGAAUGCACGGGUAAGAGACCCUGUCUAUGGUUGUGUCGCCGCCAUCUCCUCCCUCCAGCGCCAAAUCAACAUCCUUCAUGCCCAGCUCGCCCUCGCCCAGGCCGAGAUGGUUCGCAUCCGCCUCCACCAUGCCUCAUAUGUUUCCCACUCCUCCACAGCUGCGACCGCCGCUGUUACCCCACUCACAGGUGGCACCAGCUCUUCCUCUGCUACCGCAACACCCUCAGACGUUGCACGAGCUGACAUUGCCACAGCAAAACCGCUCUUCAGCUAUGACAUGCUCCUUGAACAUGCCCAUGGCGGCCAGCCAAUGUGGUCAUAUUAGCUCUAUUUAGUUCUCUGAUCUCUCUAACUAUGACCAGGAGGUCCAAGCUUAAUAGAGUAUGUCUUAGUUGGUGUGUGGCUUUCUCUAACCAACAUGCACAUUUAUAUAUAUGUGUGGUGCUGUUUCAGUUUGGCGACAUUGUAUCUACCACACAAAUAUGUAUUUUUUGGAGUAUAAUAAGAAAUUUCAGGCUCCUUCCUACAUUACCUGGAGGCUAAAACAGAGUUUAAAUUCAGAGAGCAGAAUUGCAGCUCGGAUAAAUUUGUGAAAAUGAUGGAAAAAAAUAAAAUUUUCUUCGGAGAAUUUAGAUGCAAAAAACGGGAAAAGACCUAUGUAGCUUUGUCUGCUUAGUGGUAACGGCAGAAAGCAAUUCAACGGCAAUGAGAAAAGGUGACAUCGGGAAAAUAUACAGAGUGCCAAGCACUCGAAAUAAACUGUUAGUGCUAUGG